AUGUCUGGUGUUUGGGUGUUCAAGAAUGGUGUUCUCCGGCUAGUCGAAAAUCCAGGUGAGAGCCAUGGCUCGAAAGCUCGCCGGAAAGUGCUAGUCCAUGUCCCCUCUAAUGAAGUUAUUACAUCAUAUGAUGUCCUCGGUAGGAUAUUAUCGUCGCUCGGGUGGGAGAGAUACUAUGAUGAUCCAAACCUUCUUCAGUUCCAUAAGACGUCUACAGUUCAUCUAAUCUCUCUGCCAAAGAAUUUCAACAAGUUCAAGUCCAUGCACAUGUACGAUAUCGUUGUUAAGAAUCGUAAUGAGUUUGAAGUUAGAGAUGUUCAAUAA